GGGCUUUGAAACGGCUCCAUGAGCCUCCGCGCACCUUGCUAUGGCCUCUUUGCCAUUUUCUUUGCUGCUCGUCUUAUAGAGUGAGCCAAGAUGGUUAUGCCAGCAAAUAAACCUCGCAUUAUUAAAAAGAGGAAGAAGAGAUUCAUCAGACAUCAGUCUGAUCGAUUUCUCAGAGUUAAGCCAAGCUGGCGUAAGCCAAAGGGUAUUGACAACAGAGUGCGCAGAAGGUUCAAAGGCCAAUAUUUAAUGCCAAGUAUUGGCUAUGGCAGCAACAAGAAAACUAGACAUCUCAUGCCAGAUGGCUUCAAAAAAUUUGUCAUUCACAAUGUCCAGGAACUAGAAGUCCUCCUGAUGGCCAAUAAGAGCUAUGCAGCAGAGAUUGCACACAAUGUGUCCAGUAAGAAGAGGAAAGAAAUAGUGGAGCGUGCACAACAGCUGGCCAUUAAAAUAACAAAUGCCAAUGCAAGACUGCGCAGUGAAGAGAAUGAGUAGAUACUUAGGCAUGGAGAACUGUACCAACUUGUGUAGAAAUAAAGACAUUGUUUGGAUGUA